UAAAGAGUGGGAAGAAAUAAUGUUUAGUAUGGCACAUGGUGAUGGACCCAACCCCCUCCCUUAAAAUCUAUGCUAUCUCUUUCCCUUCCCCUGAUUCAUUCCUCUUUCUCUCUUAAAUGUAGGGUCUUUUUCUCCCCACGCUCUCUCAUCCAACAAACAAAGAAGUGAAGAACCUUCUCCUACUCUUUCUCUCACCCCUCACCCCUCACCCCUCACCCACCGCUACAAAACGCAAACCCUUAUCCUCCCCAAUUCUCACAUCAUGCCACUCUCUCCCAAAGGAACUAAUUGCAACUCACCAGAAUUCGAGUUCUGGAUGCUCCGAAACCCCUCUUUCCCACAGCCUAAUCUUCUCUCCGCCGACGAACUCUUCGUCGACGGCGUACUGCUUCCUCUCCACCUUCUCAAAAAACCCAACCUAGAACCUCCGAUCCGCCAACCCUCUCCAUCCAUAACCGAACCCCCCUCCUCCUCCUCCUCCUCCAAGCGCUGGAAAGAUAUAUUCAAAAAAAGUGAUAAGAAAAACACGCAAGACAAAGAGAAAGCAAAAAAGAAAGAGAGAAAAACCGGAACUUCACCCACUUCCGCGGAAUUGAACAUCAAUAUAUGGCCUUUUUCGCGGAGCAGGUCUGCCGGAAACGCGGCAACCCGACCCAAAUUAUUCGCCGGAGCUCCGCCCACCCGGAAGGUCAACAGCGCGCCCUGCUCCCGGAGCAACUCCGCCGGCGAGUCCAAGUCCAGGAAGUGGCCCAGCAGUCCGGGCCGCCCCGGCGUCCACGUGGGCCGGAGCAGCCCAGUCUGGCAGGCCCGCCGCGGAAAAAACUCCGAUCCUCCCCAGAAGCCCAAACCUCGCCGGAGCAAAGCCACCGCCGCGGGUUCCACCGCCAGGGUUUUGAAUCUGAACGUUCCCAUGUGCAUUGGCUACAAAAACCACCUAAGCUGCCGAAGCGACGAUAACAGCGCCAUUGGUGGGAGCGCCGCCGCCGCCAAUGGGGGUAAUAUUUUUAACCUGCGCAACCUCUUCGCUAAAAAAUGCGUAGUAACUUCUCACUAGUGUUACUUUUUUUUUCUUUUUUUUUUUUUUUGUGGGGGGUUUAGAUUUUCGUAUACGGAAAGCUAUAGUUGCUCUUUUUAUUUUGUAACUUUUGUAUGUAACCAAAGGGGUAUCUCUUUCUGACUUACAGAGAUUAGGAGUUGAAACUAGAUUCGUUCAUGUCAUAGUUAGUAAAUGGUAUCUUUUUUUUCUCUUUUGUGCUCCUCCUCGUGUAAUCUGAAACGCUUUAUCAGAAUGUAUUUAUUAUUAUAUUAUAUUAUUUAAGUUCGGUUGGGACUUUUCA